UUUAUAAAAUAUUUUUUCAGACUUAUAUCAAUUUUGCCUAUGAUUUAUUUAAAAUCUCCAAUAUGUCCACAUUAACACAGCAACGUUCACGUAAAUUAACUUUGGCUUACCAAAUAGCUAAUGGAGUUGAGAAUAUAAGGAACGAGCCUUCUUCUUCACCACACUUUGCAUUUGUUGAUGUUUUGGAAAAGUAUUUUAGAAUUUGUAAUACUAAACCUAUUAAACAGGGUGAUAUUCCUUUCGAGUUCAAACUUUAUCACAACUUUAUUGAACGUUCUGUUUUAAGUUGUAUUAUUGAAAUUAAAUAUUUUGUCGUUCCAAAAAGUCGAACUUCAGACGGGCAAAUGGUUUGUAUGCAAAAAAUGUUAUGGCUAAUAAAUAAUGGGGUAAUUGAAUAUUUACAUGUGGUUGCCCCCCAUGAGGAUUGGCAUUAUGAAGAUUGUGCAGGGAUUGUUGGGAAAAAACAGGCAAAUUUUGGAGAGAUUUUUAAAUUAAUUUUUAAAUAUUUUUUAGGUAGAUUUGAGCAAGCAAAGUCGUUUUGAAGUCUAUCA